UAGAAAAAUACUGAUUUGAAACCAUUUGUGAAGAUGACCGUGGAAGAGAUGAAAGGAGAUUCAACGACCGAAAAUGACAAAUUCCCGGUGGGAAUGCGAGUUCUUGCCGUUGAUGAUGAUCCCACUUGUUUAAAACUCUUAGAAACCUUACUUCGAAAAUGUCGAUACCAAGUUACAACAACUAGCCAAGCAAAAACAGCUUUAAAAAUGUUGAGAGAAAACAACAACAGAUUUGAUCUUGUGAUUAGUGAUGUUCAUAUGCCUGAUAUGGAUGGUUUCAAGCUUCUCGAACUUGUUGGUCUUGAAAUGGACUUACCCGUUAUCAUGUUGUCGGCUUACAGUGACACCAGUUUGGUAAUGAAAGGGAUCACUCAUGGCGCUUGUGAUUAUUUGGUAAAGCCGAUUCGACUUGAAGAGCUCAAGAACAUAUGGCAACAUGUUAUAAGGAAGAACAAAUCAAAUUCAAAUCACCAAUCUAAGUCAAUUCCUCAACCCCCUACAGGAAUUGAUCAGAAAUUGAACAGGAAACGUAAGGAAGAAGACUACGACGAACAACAGGAGAAUCAGAAUGAUAAUGAGAAUGAAGACGAGGAUCCCACUACCCAGAAGAAGCCACGAGUAGUUUGGUCCAUAGAACUUCACAGGAAGUUCGUUUCUGCUGUUAAUCAGCUCGGAAUUGAAAAGGCUGUUCCUAAAAGAAUCCUGGAUCUAAUGAAUGUUCAAGGGUUGACUAGAGAAAACGUGGCGAGCCAUCUCCAGAAAUAUAGACUUUACCUGAAAAGAAUCAGUUCAGUUACAAAUCAGCAACAAAGAAACAUGUCUUACAUGCGUACAAAUUCUCUAGAUGGUUUGGGAGAUUUUCAAGCAUUACCCUGUUCUUCGUCGGUUGGGGGAAUGCUCGGUAGAUUUAAUAGCCCGAUUGGCAUAAGUUUGCUUCAUCAUCGUCAUAACCGUCUGAUGAACACGACACAAUCAGUUGUUCAAACGCCUGCACAUGAUGGACAAGCAACGAGCUUUUCGUCUGGUUCUGUAAAUGUGAAUUAUAACAAUCGUUUGAUUUUACAGAAUUCGAGAAUUCCUCAGAUGGAUAUUGUGGAUUCGAAACCUUUCAAGGAGUGUGACAGGUUUCUUCUUGAUCAGAUGGCUUAUAAUGAUGAUGGCUUGAAAAUGAAUUAUUCGUCAACAACCACUCUUCAGAACCAUCUUGACGUUUCUUCCAUAAACACGAUUCGAUCAGCCCUGGUUCUUCAGAACCAUCUUGACGUUUCUUCCAUAAACAUGAUUCAAUCAGCCCCGGUUUAUUCACAGGUCGAACAAAGAUGGGGAGGAGAUCAGAACACAAACCAUAUUGUUCCUCGUUACAACAACAACUACAAUUGCUUGACCAUCCAACAGCAAAUGCAGGCAGAUAUUUUCGAGCAGACGAAACAAGUGGGAGUUUCUCACAACGGUGGUUAUGAUGCUUUGGAGGAUCUCAUGACAGAGGUUAUUAAACAGGAUGGGGAGUUAUUGGAAGGAGAAUUUGGACUUGAUUCUUAUCAAUUCAAUUCAAGUUUAUGA